UGAAGUGGCCGCGUUGACCUGGCUGACAAGCGGGGAAUGGAACUGGACGCCGAGCCGGCGGCGGCGACGACGGGCGUGGUGCGGGUGGAGAAGGUGAGGGGGAGGUCGGCGGUCACCAGGUGCUUCGCCAAGUACCCGCUCAAGAUCAUCGUCCCCUCCAAGGUGGGGCACGCCUCCUCCGGCGCCGCCUGGCUCUACGCGCUCACCUACGGCGGCGGCAUCGUCUCAGGAGACAGGAUCUCCUGCACGGUGAGCGUCGGCGACGGUUGCACGGCGGCGAUGACUACGCAGGCCUCCACUAAGGUUUACAAGGCUGUCGGUUUAAAAUGUUCCGAGCAGGUACUAGAGGCAACAGUUGGAAAAGAUGCACUCUUAGCAGCUAUUCCAGAUCCUGUAACCUGCUUCUCAACUGCUCGAUACUACCAGAAGCAAGUGUUUCAUGUAUCCGGCGAUUCAAACUUGGUCCUUGUAGAUUGGUUUACAAGUGGUCGGUACGAGAGUGGAGAAAAAUGGGACUUCAACUCCUACAAGAGCGUCAACCAUAUUCUCUCGGAGGAACAUCAGCCUCUCUUCAUCGACUCGGUUCUAUUGGAACAAGGCUCAAAUUGUAGCAUUGCUGAACGAAUGCAAGAAUACAAUGUUGUUGCAAUGGUUGUAUUGCUGGGGCCAAAGUUGAAGCAGAUACAAGAUAAGAUGCAGGAUGAAGUAAAGAACAUGAUGUCUGUACAACUGCGUCCUCCCACCUCUGGUGGAGGCCGCUAUGCUACAAGGCCGCAGCCCCUACAUCCCCAGAGGCCUCCACUGAUUGCCUCGUGCAGUCCAUUUGGCCGCACAGGUACUGGCAUGGUCGCCCAGGUAGUCGCGGUGAGCACAGAGUCCGUGUACAGCUUCCUGAGACAUCAUCUGGCAGCGCUGGAACCAUUCCUCGGCGCCGCUCCAUAUUCAGCAUCAUGAAGCUGGCAAGCUAACAUGCUUGGUUGUUAACGGAUCGUGGAACUCCGGUGUGGAUGAAGAAUGGAGCUGUAGAUUGUUACAGUAUAUAUAUGGCUCAUGGCGUCCAAGUUGCAAUUUGGUCGACUGUACUUCCAUUUCAUUCAGAAAAAGGCCUUACUUUGAUUUUGGUCAUACGGUAGAAUCUGCGUCAUAGCUCUGCAGUUGUUGAACAAGCUUGUACAGCCGAUUUGGGUUGAACAAACUUUGAUUUUGGCUUUAUCGUGAACGAAUUACAAUACUGGAUUGAAUCUUGUGGUCUGGGUGUUCAAGUCUAAUGAUGCCUUUUCUGU